AUGAUCAGAAAUCGAGUACAGCAGCUCAGACGCAACCUCACCCAACAGAACAUCCAUGCCUUCUUUGUUCCCUCAGAGGAUGCCCAUAGUAGUGAAUAUAUCGCUGACGCAGAUAAGCGUAGAGAAUGGAUCUCAAACUUCUCUGGAUCUGCGGGAGAUGCUCUUAUUACUGAGAAAGAGGCGCUUCUCACCACAGAUGGUAGGUAUCAUCUCCAAGCCACCCAGCAACUCGACAGCUCCACCUACAAGCUCCUCAAAGCGGGCGUUCCCGGUGUCCCUGCGUGGUAUGACUACCUUAUGCAGCACUACACACCACCAUUCCGCAUUGGCGUCGAUCCUAAGCUCGUUGCUUUUUCCCAAGUCUGCAAAAUCCAAGACAAACUAAAAGCAAAACCUGGUUUCGAUUUGGUGGCAGUGGGCAGCAACCCAAUUGACGAGAUAGCAGAACUGCCUGGAUAUCCCAAUAGCGAGGUAUACGUGCAGCCACUAACGUACGCAGGUCGCAGCGUGUCCGACAAGCUGAACGACUUGCGAGGCUAUCUGAACAAAGAAAAUGCACAUGCAUUUAUCGUUACUACGCUCGAUGAGACAGCGUGGCUGCUCAACCUCCGCGGCUCAGAUAUUGUCUACAACCCGCUCUUCUUCUCGUACGCCAUUGUCACCGCGAAUGCGUGCACAUUGUAUGUAGACAGUGGACGAAUGACGCAGGAGGCUAUCGACCAGAUGCGCAGUGCGGCUGUAGAAUUAAAGCCGUAUGCGGACUUCUACCCCUCUCUCCCCCCGCUCAGCUGCGAUGCGGAGGAUGCGCAGAGAAAGGUACUCGUCUCAGACAAGGCUAAUUGGGAGGUAGUCAGGGCGGUUCGCGAGGAACAUGUUCGCGUCGCUCGCUCUCCUGUAGGUGAGGCUAAGGCGGUGAAGAACCAAGUAGAAUUGCAGGGUGCGCGGGCAGCACAUGCACGCGAUGGCGUCGCUCUCACGCAGUACUUUGCCUGGCUGGAAGAGGGCCUGCACGAUGGACAUACUGUUAAGGAACACGACGCUGCACUCGUUUUGGAACAGUAUAGAAGCUCCCUCGACUUAUUCAGAGGUCUCUCGUUCAACACUAUCUCAGCAACAGGGGCCAACGGUGCGGUGAUACACUACAGUCCCAGUGAGACGGAUUCAGCUGUGAUUGACGUUGAGAAAGUCUAUUUGUGCGAUUCCGGUGCACAGUUCCUCGAUGGCACAACUGAUGUGACGCGCACUUACUUCUUCGGGAGGACUAACCCAGGUGAGAAGCUGAAGAGGGCUUUUACUAGAGUGCUUCAGGGCCAUAUCGCCCUAGCUAGCGCGGUUAUUCCCAACGAUAAAGUACCGGGAGCUUUCAUUGACGCAAUUGCUAGAAUGCCGCUGUGGAGAGAAGGGCUGGAGUAUAUGCACGGGACUGGACAUGGGAUCGGCAGCCAUCUAGGGGCGCAUGAAGGACCACACUCCAUCUCUCCUAGAUUCAACGACACGACGUUGAAACAGGGAUAUCUGGUUUCGAAUGAGCCAGGGUAUUAUGAGGCUGGCACGUUUGGAAUACGCACCGAAGCAAUACUGGCCAUCGUUCCUUACAAAGCACCAAAUAGCACAGAUGAGACGCAGUUUGCGGGUUUUGAGACACUCACACUGUGUCCAAUCGGCACAAACCUGAUAGAAGUCGAAUUACUUAGCCAAGGAGAGAAGGAGUGGCUGAACGAAUAUCACGAAAGGUGUUUAAAGACGCUGAAGCCGGAGCUGGAGAAGAGGGGUGAUGAGAGAGCCAUUAGAAUUUUGAUUGCCAUUGUCUCUGCCAUCGUGCACACCACUAAAGCCAAGAUUGUCAAAGUUAUCGUUGUCCAUGAGGCCAUUGUGCAUUCUACAUUUGAGAUAAGCUUUGGAGAGUUGCCUGCAUGCGCCGUUGUUGUUGCUGUUGUGGCGUAG